CUCCCCUCCUUCUCCUCCUCAAACACAGGAGCUGCUCAAGAACCAGUGGUGAGUCAGAACCUGGUGACGGACAAUGUGUCGGUGGUGGAGGGCGAGAUGGCCAUCAUCAGCUGUCGGGUGAAGAACAACGACGACUCCGUUAUCCAGCUGCUCAACCCCAACAGACAGACUAUCUACUUCAGGGACAUGAGACCACUGAAGGACGCUCGCUUCCAGCUGGUGAACUUCUCUGACAACGAGCUGAAGGUGUCGCUGUCCAACGUGUCGCUGUCGGACGAGGGGCGCUACGUCUGCCAGCUCUACACCGACCCCCCCCAGGAGGCCUACGCUGACAUCACCGUGCUGGUCCCUCCAGGUAACCCCAUCAUCGAGGCGCGUGACGAAGUUCUGAGUGAGGGCAACGAGACGGAGAUGACCUGCACCGCCAUGAGCAGCAAGCCUGCCGCCAGCAUCAGAUGGAUGAAGGGAGAUAAAGAGCUGCCAGGUAAGCCCAAAGUGGAGCUGACCUACGACAAGAUGUACACCGUGACCAGCCGGCUGACCUUCACCGUCAGUAAGGAGGACGACGGCGUGCCGGUGGCGUGCAUCGUGGACCACCCUGCCGUGAAGGACUUCCUUGCUCAGAAAUACCUCGAGGUUCAGUACAAACCGGAGGUGAAGAUCGUGGUAGAGUUUCCUCAGGGUCUGACGAGGGAAGGAGAGAACCUGGAACUCACGUGUCAGGCCAAAGGCAAACCCCA